AUGGUAGUGAAGAGCACAGAAAUCCUGGAAAAAUACCCAGCAAGCUCUGAGACACAGGUGGAAACACCUUUGGAGGAAAACAGAGCACCACAGUUGCCAAUAAUCGUAGAUUUUGACCCUGGUGAUAAAGAGAACCCUCAUAACUGGUCGAUGAUAAGAAAAUUGGUGGUCGCCAACAUAUGUGUUCUAUUAACAUUAAAUAGCACACUUGGCUCUAGCAUGCCAGCCGGUUCCAUCAAAUUCAUAGCGGAAGAUUUUAACGUGACUAACGAAUACCAGCUUGUCCUCCCUAUUUCGGUUUUUUUGAUCGGGUAUAUUGUUGGCCCGCUUUUUCUUGCACCGCUUAGCGAGGUAUACGGACGAAAGCCAUUGUUGUUCUGGACAUUUGUCCUAUAUUUGUGCUUCACACUCGGAACGGCGCUUGCACCGAACUUCCCUGCACUGUUAGUAUUAAGAUUCUUGGCUGGUACGGCGGCAGCGGCACCACUAGGUAUUGUGGGAGGAUUAUUUGCGGACUGCUUUCCCGAUCCCGUGCACCGAGGCAGAGUCAUGGCGCUGUGGGCAGCUGGAACGACAUUUGGACCUACCUUGUCCCCCGUUAUAUCGGGAUUUCUUGGACAAGUGUCAUGGAGAUGGCCCUUUUGGUUUGAGUUGAUAUUUGGUGGAGUCAGUUUGAUUGCGAUGUUGUUCUUGCCGGAAACAUUUCGUCCUGUGAUCCUAGCGAAAAGGGCAGCGCGCAUGAAAAAAGAGUUAAACCGAGAUGACAUCGUCGUGCCAGAUUCGGUAGAAACUCGCAAUCUCAAAGACCUGUUUGCCGUCACACUUACUCGGCCGGUGACAAUGCUAUUCACGGAGCCAAUCGUACCGGCAGUAUGCCUAUACAUGGCGUUCCUCUACGCGAUUCUCUAUCUUUUUUUUCAGGCGUAUCCUAUCAUUUUCCAAGGGGAAUACGCCAUGGCUCCGGGAAUAGACGGAUUAGCAUAUAUGCCAGUGGGCAUCGGAAGCGUGAUAUCGGCAAUCAUGGUUGUGCUCUGGGACGAACACAUGCGUCGGCAGGGAGAGAAAAAGCCGACAAUGGAAUACCAUCGGUUGACAUUGGCGAUUAUCGGAGGGCCACUCACCAUGAUAUCGUUUUUCUGGCUGGUGGGUACUCCCGGGUGGGAGAUGUCGCACUUGUUGAGCGAUUAA